ACUUGGCUUUCUUUUUUUAUUAUAGAAUUAUGGAAUUAUUCAUUGAUAUGAUAAAUUGCUCGUAUCAAUAUUGUCAUGAUUAACAGUUGAUUUUACCACUGCUACUCGUAUAAUAAUAUAUAUCAUAGCCUAUCAUCAUCAUCAUCACCGUCACGAUUACCAUUAUCAUCAUCAUUAUCAUCACCACCAUCACUACCAUCUGUACCACCACCACCACAACUACUAUUACCACCACCAUCACUACUACUGCUACUGCCACCAUUACAAUCAUCUUGACGACGACACAACGAUGUUUGGUAUCUCUUUUUAACUGUACUUCAGACCACGCGCACCCUUCGUAAGUAUAAGAACGUCUCGUUUUUAUCUACCGGUUGAUCGCUAUACCUGUGAUAUGAAUACGCGAAUUUAAAUAAAUCCAUCGAAUUUCCGGUUAUAAGCGGUUCAUCGAAAUGAAUGUUCAUGAAUGUUGAUGACAGUGAAAAUACGUCCUUUUGUUUCAAAUUUAUGUGAACGAAAAUAAUCUAAAAGAAAACAGGAUACACGCAUAUUUAGAAUAAAUAAUGUGAGCCGUGUGAACUUGUGAUCCUAGUGAUAAUUAAUUAACAUUUGUAUCGCGGGAAUGCUUAGUCCAAUUAUGACGAAUCAAAACAUUUACGUUUCUUUAAAUCUGUAAUCGUUAUUUUAAAAUUAAUUUAUCACAUAAAUUUUAUUCUAAUAAAUUUCUCAUUUUAAUUAAUUUUAUCGAAUCGUUAAAUUUAAUUUUCGGUAAAAUAGUAUAGGAACGGAUUAUAUCGAUCUAUAUUCGUGUUUUGCAAGAUAAUAAAAAAAAUAUUGGGAUAAUCAUCCUAAUCUAUCGGAUGAAUCGAGUUUUUUCGAGAUGUUACUCUCGAGUGCUUGGUUCGAAGUAAUCGCGGCAGUUCUUUUGACGAUAUUGAUCUUCGUUACCAGCCAUCGGCCAGCAUGGUGGUUUUGGACAGCUACGUCUCACGAAGCUAGCGCACCAGCCGAGGGGAAGUUCAAAACGGUAUCCAAAGUUCCAGGCCCGUUUUCUUUACCGAUUUUUGGAACAAGAUGGAUAUUCUCUUGCAUCGGUUACUAUAAAUUGAACAAGAUUCACGACGCUUACAAAGAUUUGAACCAACGGUAUGGCGCGUUGUGUAAAGAAGAAGCGUUAUGGAAUUUUCCAAUGAUCUCUGUCUUCUCCCGUCAGGAUAUCGAGACUAUCAUCCGCCGUAACUCCAGGUAUCCGCUUCGCCCCCCGCAAGAGGUUAUAUCGCAUUAUCGACGGACACGCCGGGAUCGUUACACGAAUCUCGGUUUAGUCAACGAACAAGGACAAACAUGGCACGAUCUUCGGGUAGCUCUCACGUCGGAAUUGACGGCCGCCAGUACGGUCCUUGGCUUUUUCCCGGCACUGAAUAUCGUCGCAGAUUCGUUCAUCGAGUUGAUCCGUCGUCAAAGAGUCGGAUACAAAGUGACAGGUUUCGAAGAGCUCGCCUAUAAAAUGGGAUUGGAGAGCACAUGCACAUUGAUCCUGGGUCGACACCUCGGCUUCUUAAAACCAGACUCGAGCAGCGAGCUCGCGACGAGACUGGCGGAAGCCGUGAGGAUACACUUCACCGCCUCGCGGGACGCAUUUUACGGAUUGCCGCUUUGGAAAUUGUUACCGACCUGUGCGUACAAGCAGCUGAUAGAGAGCGAGGACGCUAUAUACAAGUAUGUUUGGACAGGUAUCGAACGGGUUGAAAAUUCGUUUGCGACACUCGCGACGCUCAGUUGUGUACAACGAACGAUACGACGUCGUGCGAAUUUUCAGUAUCAUUUCGGAGAUCAUCGAGACCACUAUACAGGAGAAACGAGACGACGCGAAAGACGAGUCGGUGGAGGCCAUUUUUCAAUCCAUUCUCAGACAAAAGAACCUCGAUAUACGGGACAAGAAAGCGGCCAUUGUCGAUUUCAUAGCGGCCGGUAUACACACGGUACACGAAAUAAUUAUUCCAAUUCCACUAUUUCACUUCUCUCUUCCCUCAUCGAUCUCUCACUAGUCACCAACUAUUUCACUUCUCUUUUUCUUCACUUCUCACAGCUCGGAAACACUUUGGUAUUCCUGUUCGACUUGAUCGGGCGUAAUCCAACCGUGCAAAACAAACUCUACGAGGAGACUUACGCGUUGGCACCGGCCGGCUGCGACUUGACUAUAGACAAUCUACGAAAAGCCAAGUAUCUGCGCGCCUGCAUCACCGAAUCUCUACGAUUGAUCCCAACGACAACCUGCAUCGCGCGCAUAUUGGACGAGCCUAUCGAGCUGAGCGGUUAUCGAUUGACAGCGGGAACCGUAGUCCUUUUACACACUUGGAUAGCAGGUUUGAACGAGGAGAAUUUCAAAGACGCGAAGAAAUACUUGCCCGAGAGAUGGACGACACCCACCACUCCCCACUCCCCGUUGCUGGUCGCGCCAUUCGGCGCUGGAAGGAGAAUAUGUCCGGGCAAACGAUUCGUCGAUCUCGCGUUGCAGCUUAUUUUGGCCAAGAUUAUACGGGAAUUCGAGAUCAUCGUGGAGGAAGAGCUCGAUCUGCAAUUUGAAUUUAUUCUCGCGCCAAAAGGCCCGGUCUCCCUCGGUUUCCGCGAUCGUUCUUGAGAUCGUUCUUGAGAUCGUUCAUCUUGAAAUCCUUGCAAGUUUAGCUUUAUCUCGUUACCUAAUUUUACAUUAUCGUUAAAUAAUAAUAAUUGUUCAAGACGAAUUAUUUAUCGUAUUGGAUAUAACGGUCUGUGCAUUGUACAGAAUUUACGAGGAUAGAUGUAAUAUUUAAAUUUUUCGAUUUUUUUUUUUUUCAAUAAUAUAACGUUGUUGUACAAGAAUAUCAUAUAGACGAUCUCGAAUACCGAUUUAGACGCGUUUAUUAUUUAACCAAUGUUAUAUCGAAUAAUACGUAGCAAGUAGAAUGAAUAGGUUAGAAUAAUAUAUGGAAGAUCGAGGCGCAAUUUUUUAUAUUUGUUUCGACGAUACUCGUUUGUACGAUUUGUUACUACUGGGAUAAAUUACCUUUCCAAAAUGAAAA